AACCAUACUCGCAUCGAUCAAUAUUAAUUUAAAAAAAAGUGUGUUGGAGAUAAUACUUUUGUUCAAAGGUGACCUCAAACUCUGGUGUUAUUAAUUUUAUAUGAACGAAUAUUCAAUGAUAGUAUAAGUCUAGAAACGAAACUGACUACCAUUCAAAAUUGUACCUCAAUAUGUUUGCCAUAAUUGAAUUCGCAAAACAUAAAUGUGCCAUUAUUCCAAUGAUAUGGUUGAUUGAAAAUAAAACAAAAUGUUAUUGGCCCCGUACUAAAAGUGAAGAACUAUUUAAUAGUUUGGUACUAGCAUGCUCUCCUCCUGAAAAUUCAUGGGCUCUAUAUGAUGUCGAUAAAAUUCUGUUCACCGGGGAUGAUUAUGCUAAAACUUCUGCUCACUUUGAAGUUGUCUUAGCCCAGAGCACUUCAUCAGAUCCAGACGUUUCAACUUUGGGUAGAACAAGGUUUUCUGCAACUGCAGGGAUCGCUUCCAAAUCCAUCAGUUUGAAGAAAAAUGGAACAGAAGGUGAAGCAGACAAUCUGAUGAAUGAGCUAAGUCAUGUUUCAGACGAACGGCCCGAACAAACUAGCAUAUUGAACCAUCCAGAAUCAGAUGUAGAUUGCUUUAUAUCAGAUGGUUCUAUUGAUUCAUGGAAAAAUGCUGAAUAUAAGAAACCUUCCUCGGAUCCUCCUAAGAAUCUCAGUAAAAAACAAAGUAGCGAUAAUGAAAGUGAUUCCUGGGACAGCACACCAAAGGCAACCAGACACAAGGAAAAUAGAAAGAGGAAAAAAACUUCUUCUCAUGAUACAAGUACCAAGCACAAAAUGAACAGGAAAUUCCAACACAACCAAUCAUCCGAUUCGGAAGAUUCUGAUAAAAACAAUACGACUUCGUGUGAUCCUAGCAUCAAUGGGGCAUGUAAUACUCCGAAAUCAUCCGUUUGUCGUACGGAAAAGAGAGAAAGUUUUUUGGUUAGCCCUAGCAAUAGAGAAACACAACCUCUAUUAUUAUCCCAAAACUAUUCAUCAAGAAGUAGCCCUUCUCAGUCAGCCAGAAGUACUCCACUGUCUACUAGGACUACGCAGGAUUCAUCAAUAUAUAUAAAGAGAUCAGAACUAGAACAUAUAUAUUCUUCCCUAGAAGCAUUGAAGGCAGCUCAGGACCAGCAAUCAGUUAUGCUUGGCGAGUUGUUGAGAACAAUUAAUGCACAAAAUGCAAAAAAGUUGGUGCGUCCCAACAAAAUGCCACCUUUACCGAUAACCGACAAAAAAGGGUACAGAGAGUUGGAAGAAGCAUUGAAUGAUGAAGCAGUUUUCGAGUUUUUGAAGAGGCGUUUGUCCAUCAUAGGGGGGCAAAAUGUACGGCACAGCGUCAUGAAUAUGAUGAAGUAUUUGUUGACGAACCAAGUUGCCAUGAAAUUCAACUGGGCUGGUAGAGAAAAAAGGCCAUUCAAAAAUACUAAUAUGAUGAAAGCCAUACGUGAGGCAGCGAUGUAUGCUUAUUCAGAGAUGAGUCGUUCUGAUCUGAAUGAAGAUCUCAUAAAUAAGGCAGUGAAGGACUGGCUGAAACUGGCCAAACAGCGUUUCGAGUACAAAAAUAAACAAAAAUAAAUUUUGAUCGCAUUCCAACUGAAAGGUUCAGAUAAAAAUUUCAAUCCAUCAAUGAAAUCAUUAAAAAAAAAUCAAUUUAGAUUAUCUUAUCCAAAACGAUAUUCAGUUUUUAUUUGAAGGAACGAUUGAAAACAUCUAUCUGAACCUUUCAGUUUCUCAUAAA